AUAGAGAGGUGGGUGGGGGGGAGACACGGCGAGAGUAGUGGAGACACGGGACAUUGAGAGAUACAGGGAGACGCAGACAGAGGCACGGCUGACAGUGAGACUCGGUGUACAGAGGCAAUGAGAGAGACACGGGGACAGUGAGAGAGAGAGAGAGGGGAGAGGGGGAAGAGAGCCGGCCACGGGGAGACGAGGAGUUCGGACAGCUCAGAGGGACACGGCUCACAGUGGGACACGGGGGGACAGCGAGAGAGACACGGGGGGGCAGCGAGAGAGAGAGAGACACCGAGGGGGAGAUGACGACGAUGAGGUGGUGGCCUCUGCGGCUGCUGUAGAGCGACUUCGGUGGAGUUUACCGCGAGGUCUCUUGCGACGAUAGCCGCCACCUCCACCACCUCAUCCUCCACCUCAUCAUCCACCACCACCACCUCCACCACCACCUCCUCCACCACCACCUCCACCACCACCACCUCCACCACCACCACCUCCACCACCACCACCUCCACCACCACCACCUCAUCCUCCACCUCAUCAUCCACCACCACCACCUCCACCACCACCACCUCCACCACCACCACCACCUCCACCACCACCUCCUCAUCCUCCACCACCACCUCAUCCACCUCCUCCUCUUUCCGAUCUUCGUCCUCAACUUCCUCCUCCACCUCCUCGUCGUCGUCGUCACCUCGCCCGAGCCUCCCGCCGUCGACAUGAUGAAGAAGCAGCUGAACAGGAUGCGCCUCAGGGCCAACCAGACGAUGUUCAGGACUGAGAAGACAGAGGUCCUUAGCGAUGAACUCCUCAAGGUGGAGAAGAGGCUGGAGAGCCUCAAGAUGGUGUUCCACCACGCGCACAAGAAGCUGAGCGCCUGCCUCCACGGAACCCCGGGGCUCGACCUCGAUAAGAGAUUGAAGAGGGUGCCGGUGGCGGUGCUCGCCGUGGGUCUGUCGGACAGCUACCGCACACUCGAGGACAUGCCCUUUGGCAAGGUGCUGCAGCAGUGCGGGGAGGCGCAGCUGAACCUGGCGAUGGAGGUGUGCAACAUGGAGUGCAGCGUGGAGACCAACGUGCUGGAGCCCAUCAACCUCCUAGCCGAGGAGCACAUCCCCAACAUCCAGAAGCAGAGGAAACACCUCAGCAAGAUGGUGCUGGAUAUGGAGGGCGCCAAGUCCAGGUACCAGCAGGCCUCCAAGGUGCUGCAGGGCAACGUGGGGGCCAUGACGCCCAGCAAGCUGGAGGCGCUGCGCGAGGAGAUGGAGGAGGAGGAGAACAAAGUGGAGAUCAUGAAGGACCAGUAUGCCACGGAGCUCUACCAGUUCGUGGCCAAGGAGAAAGGCUUUGCCGACUACUUUGUCAAGCUCCUAGAGACGCAGGCCGAAUUCCACAAGAGGUCCCUGGCGGUCAUCGAGACUCUCCUGCCCAAGAUCACGGCCGAGAGAGAGCACUGCGUGCGUCCCUGCUACGGGCAGCCGCUGGAGGAGCACCUGCACCUGAACCGACGGGACAUCGCCUUCCCCAUCGAGGCCUGCGUCGUGGCACUCAUGGACAGCGGCCUGCAGGAGGAGGGUCUGUUCCGGAUUGCGGCUGCCAACUCGAAGCUGAAGAAGCUGAAAGCGUCGCUCGACUGCUGCAUCGUGGAGUCGGACUUCUCCCCCGACCCGCACGCCAUCGCUGGGGCUCUCAAGUCCUAUAUCCGUGAGCUGCCCGAGCCCCUCAUGACGUUCCACCUCUUCACAGACUGGAGCAAGGCGUUCAGCAUGCCCGAUCAGCAGGAGCGGCUGCAGGCGCUUUGGUCGGUGUGCGACCUGCUGCCCAAGGAGAACAAGGCCAACUUCCGGUACCUGAUGAAGUUCCUGGCGCGGCUCGCGGAGCAGCAGGAGUUUAACAAGAUGACUCCCAGCAACAUCGCCAUCGUGCUGGGGCCCAACCUGCUGUGGGCCCCCACCUCCAGCUCCGUGGACGCGAUGUCCAGCGUCUCUAUCCAGGUGGUCGGCAUCGUGGAGAUGAUGCUACAGUACUCGGAAUGGUUCUUCCCUGACGAGGUGGAGUUCGACCAGACGGGAAUUUUUGCGGCGGCAUCGCAGCUGCCGGCGGAGGGGCCGGGCGGAGCGCCGGCGGGGGGGCCGGGGGGGGGGCAGCUGCUGGCGCCCGGGGUCAACGGGGAGAGGCGAGGAGGAGGCGGCGCCGAGGGUAGCCGAGCCCGGCCACUCAGCGUGGCCACCGACAACGACCUGGCGCGGGAGCUGCACAAGAAGGAUGGGGCGACGCGCCACAAGGAGCGCGGCAGCUUCUACCGCGCGGCCACCACCGUUAGGAUGCAGAACCACGUGGUGGGGGUCAUGGGGGGCGCGGGGGGUGGGGGGGGCGAGGGGGGGGCCGCCCUCUCCUGCCCCAACACCCCCUCCCUGUACACGGCCCCCGGCUCGCCGCUACCGCCGGCGGUGGUGGUGGACAAGAGCGCCCUCAAGCUGCCCCAGGUGUCACCGACGUUCGGCCGCAAGUCGGGGCAGGGCAGCGUGAACCCCCAACACAAAGCCAAGAAGCCGGCGCCGGCGCCGCCCAAGGCGGUGGCCAGCCUGGUGCAGGGCACGCAGGCGGGCGUCUCGGAGAUGGGCUCGGCGCCGGGCGGCUCGGAGACGGGUGGCCCGCCGGACGACACGCCGCCCGGCACGCCGCCGCGCGCCGGCACGCACAGCCGCAGCGCCUCGCAGUCCUCCGUCCUCUCCUCCUCCUCCUCCCCCUCGCCCUCCGCCUCGCUGCGGAACGCCGCCGCCGCCCCCGCGCCCGACGCCGGAGGAGGAGCGCCGCACGGCGCCAGCGCGGCGGCCACGGCGUCGGGGAAGCCGCCGGUGCCCAAGCCCCGCGCCAGGCCGGCGAUGCCGCCGCCGCCGCAGCCGCCGCCGGGAGGCGGAGGGGGGCACGUCGGGGAGACGGCGCAAACCGACUCGUCGGACGACGGGCUGGAGGAGAUGUCCACGGUGCUGUCUCUCUGAUGGCUUGCGUUGUGGCCUGCCCCCGCUUUCGCUCGAGGUACAGUGACACACGGGCACGCGCCGGCCCCUCACCUUUGACCCCGCCGCCUCCUGAGAGGCCCCCCCCCCCUCUGGGGUGGGGGGGCGACGGGAUCACGUGACGCUGCUUUCCCAUGAUGCACUGGUGCCUCAUGGAGCUUGGUUAUUGUUCCCUUUUAAACGGAGCGGUUGGCCCAGAGGAUCAUGGGAAAAGUAUCGCCUCCUCGGCUUAGUCAUUUGCCCAGUGGUGCGAUUGACCUUUGACCCCAUCCAGGCAUCUCCAUUCAGCAGCACAGACGCUCUGGAAAGAGACUCUGUGAUGCUGAAACACCAUCACCAUCACAAACACCAUCACAAUCACAAACACCAUCACAAACACCAUCACCACAUCUGCUGUGACCGCAAUCACCACCACCACUUUUGUCAUCACAAUCACAACCAUCACUAACCCAUCAGCACCGUCGCCACCACCACCGCCAAGAUUGCCCAUCACCGCUGUCACUGCCCAUCGCAAUCCCAUCACGGUCAUCAUCACCGUCGCUCACGGUCACUGCCAUCGCCGUCACCGCCAUGGCUCCCCAUCGGCGACCGUCGCCGCCAUCUGUGGUGCGGUGGCCUCGAUGUCGGCGGUUCGAAUCCGCCGAGCCGUCCCGUCGCGGUGGGACUCUGCGGUGUGGCGCGUUAUAACCGCGUGGCGACGUUAAAGAUCCCCUCCCCCGACCUAGGGAGGAGGCCCAGGGCCUGCUCAGAUAAAUAUUUAAUUAUUUAAUUGCCACCGCUCCCCGCAUGCGCCUUCAGCCGCCGCAGCCAUCGCCACGUGCGCCAUGGCCACGCGUGUGACAUCGCCACACGUGUGACAUCGCUACGUGUGCCAUCACCCCGUGGUGCCAUCGCUACGUGUGCCAUCGCCACGCAGUGCACCAUCGCCACACGGUGCCAUCGCCACGUGGUGCCAUGGCCACGUGUGUGCCGUCGCCCCGUGUGCCAUCGCUACGCGUGUGCCAUCGCCGCGUGUGCCAUCGCCACGCUUGUGCCAUCGCUACGUGUGCCAUGGCCACGUGGUGCCAUCGCUACGUGUGCCAUCGCCAGGCGGUGCCAUCACCGCCGCCGCUUCCACCCGUAGGCACAGAGCCCAUCAGACCAAGGCUGCUCGCUCACAUUCGUCCGGUCGGAGAGCGAGACGCCGUUGUUGACAUCACAGCAGUGGAUAGACCACGGUGAUGAUGACGACAGCAGCAGCAUGCAGUAGAGAUGCAUGCUGGGAAUUACAGAGAUGGAGACACGUGUGUGUGUGUACGUUGAACUUUUAAUCGUAGCCCCGGGCUGUCGGGAGCGGUGAGCCCCGGGGGGCUUGGGCCGGGCGCGUGGCCAGCCCAAGGGCCUUCUGCUGCUGCUGCUGUCGUCCAAGCUCUGUGGUCCUCUACAUGGACUCCUCGACUUACGAACUAGUACAGUUCCAGAGGCCUGUUCGUAGGUCGAUUUGUUUGCGAGUACAACUUUACUGCUGUCGAUUCCAAACGUGUUGUACGGCAUGUACACUAAACACGGAGAAUGGCUUAAAAGUUGUGUAAUCUCCUGUUGAUCUAGAUGCCACUGGUUCUUCAUGUUCUGUAGAUGCCACUGGUUCUUCACGUUCUGUAGAUGCCACUGGUUCUUCACGUUCUGCAGAUGUAGAUGCCACUGGUUCUUCACGUUCUGCAGAUGUAGAUGCUACUGGUUCUUCACGUUCUGCAGAUGUAGAUGCCACUGGUUCUUCACGUUCUGCAGAUGUAGAUGCCACUGGUUCACGUUCUGCAGAUGUAGAUGCCACUGGUUCUUCACGUUCUGCAGAUGUAGAUACCACUGAUUCUUCACGUUCUGCAGAUGUAGAUUCCACUGGUUCUUCACGUUCUGCAGAUGUAGAUGCCACUAGUUCUUCACGUUAUGUAGAUGUAGAUGCCGCUGGUUCUUCACGUUCUGUAGAUGUAGAUGCCACUGGUUCUUCACGUUCUGUAGAUGUAGAUGCCGCUGGUUCUUCACGUUCUGCAGAUGUAGAUGCUACUGGUUCUUCACGUUCUGCAGAUGUAGAUGCCACUGGUUCUUCACGUUCUUCAGAUAUAGAUGCCACUGGUUCUUCACGUUCUGCAGAUGUAGAUGCCACUGGUUCACGUUCUGCAGAUGUAGAUGCCACUGGUUCUUCACGUUCUGCAGAUGUAGAUACCACUGAUUCUUCACGUUCUGCAGAUGUAGAUUCCACUGGUUCUUCACGUUCUGCAGAUGUAGAUGCCACUAGUUCUUCACGUUAUGUAGAUGUAGAUGCCGCUGGUUCUUCACGUUCUGUAGAUGUAGAUGCCGCUGGUUCUUCACAUUCUGCAGAUGUAGAUGCCACUGGUUCUUCACGUUCUGCAGAUGUAGAUGCCACUGGUUCUUCACGUUCUGUAGAUGUAGAUGCCACUGGUUCUUCACGUUCUGCAGAUGUAGAUGCCACUGGUUCUUCACGUUCUGCAGAUGUAGAUGCCACUGGUUCUUCACGUUCUGUAGAUGUAGAUGCCACUGGUUCUUCACGUUCUGUAGAUGUAGAUGCCACUGGUUCUUCACGUUCUGCAGAUGUAGAUGCCACUGGUUCUUCACGUUCUGUAGAUGUAGAUGCCACUGGUUCUUCACGUUCUGCAGAUGUAGAUGCCACUGGUUCUUCACGUUCUGCAGAUGUAGAUGCCACUGGUUCUUCACGU